GACUGGAGAGCAACUUUAAAGGCUGCACAUUUGUGCUCAGUGAAGACCAGCUUCACAGUCUCUUCAGGUGAGAGAAUACAUAGAGACCCAGUGGUGUUCUCACUCAUUAGAGAAGGGUGACUGGUACUACUUUUGUGUACAUGCUAAAUAAAGUUCUUAGGCAGGAAAGACUAAAUAACAAGGGACAGGCUCCUUUAUCUUUCAAUUAAUUUAAGAGAAACAAACUAAUAUCUGUCUUUGCAAUUAAUUAAUCAUUUAAAAUAUUCAGUUACAUUUUUCUCUUCUCUUGUCACUGUAAAUAAGAACUAACAUUUUGUUUGGAGGAUAAGCAGAGGUGUUUUAUCAAUAAAUGGACUACAGGGUGUUAGACAAUGUGGAUGGUCACAGCAACAAAAAAAAAGGACAGAAUCAUUGCAGUAGUAGCUCAUUGCUCCUUUGCCCAUGCCUUCACAAGAGGCCCAGAUGCAGUUGAUGCUUCCCAUCAGUGACAUGAGGAUCUCCUUGACAUGGUAAUAUUCCACUGGAAUAGCAAAGGUACUGCUCCCUUCUUCAGACGUCGAAGCCCACUAGAAGGUUCAAUGAAAUCUUAUUUUCCUAACUUUCAAUACAGAUGCCGCACCAACUAAUAACGUUAACGUCGUUAGCACUAACUUUUGCUAGCGAGCUAGCUAAAGAGACAUAACACAAUCGAAUUACAAAAAUCACUAACUGAACGGAUAAACUGAAUUUUCUACAAGAAUGAUAAACGCUAUAUAAAUAUGAUUAUAUUAAUAUACUGAGGUAAUGAUAAAAACGAGGCUAGUACUGUACGGCUACAAUCAGGCUUACAGGAAGCUAUGUAUCGGGUAGGAAGUUGAGCGGAUGUGGGCGUUGCUACCUUGUUCAAAAGGUCUAUUAGUUUAAACUUAUAUGUCUGCAUAUUAAUGUUUUGCUCAUUAUCCUUCAGAAGGAACAAACUUUCAGAUUGACAAAGCAUUCCCGCGCUAAAUAAUAACUUUUCUGAUGCGUUAAUUAAUUAUGAAUGGACGGAUUUUAAAGGGGAAAUCGAUAUACGAGCGAUCAGAAGGAUAAUGGUGAUUGGUCAUUCCGUUGCGUCUCUGAAUAGCCAACCAAUGGGCUUAGAGGUCUCACCCGGUUGUUGUCGCGGGAACUUUAUGGAGCUAUGAACACAAAACACUUGUUAGCUGCUACUGUAGUAUAACAGUUUGUAAACCACCAGCCAUGCAUGUGUAGCUAGUUAUACAUGCAUCACACUGACUAAAUAUGUCGGUGGAGUGCAGAUAAGAUCGCUAGCUAGAAGACACUGUUGCCAGCUAUAGCUAGGUGGCUUACGCUUACUUAACUAAAGCCAGCUAGCUAGCUAGCUAGGUGGCUAACGCUAACUAAAGCCAGUUAGCUAAUCAGCUUAGAUAGCUAGUUACCAUGCUAGCUAGCUACAACCAAAUCCUUUUUAUAACUGCUACAACUGUCAAGGCUAGCUACCUAGCGAAAUACACUAGCUAAAUAAGCAAGCUCGACAAUAUUGUGAAAAACUACAUCCAUGUUGGUUGCCUAGGUAACUAGCUAGUUAGGAAGUUAAUUAAAGGUUUAAUCGCAAACGUCUCACUAUUAUUAUCCUGCCACUGUUAUCCUCCCAUUUUUUUGAGGCAAGAUACAGGUAGCUAUCCUAGCUACUUACAGGUAGCUAGCUAGUUACCUAUCAUCUUUGACUGGAAUCAUGGCACAUCGACUGACGAAAGAUGAGCUUGAUGAACAGUUCGAGCAGUUUUUGAAAGAGUCUGUCUCAGAUGACUCAGUGGAUUUGGGUGGCAGUGCUAUGCGCCCUAGUGUUCUGGACAGCUUGGGCAGAGCCUCUCAGAAACCACCACCAAAGAAGACAUCAGCUGCCCCUGUGCCGUGGUGGCAGGAGGAUGACAGCGAAGAGACACCUGGCAGAGGAUUGCUGAGAUCUGAGAAGACGUUCUGUAAGUCUCUGAGAAGAUCCCAGCCCAUCCAGGAGGAGGAAGAGGAGCUGCAGCAUCAGGGAGUAGAGAGGGGUUCGGAGGAGGAGGAGGGGGCAGAGCCUGUCAUCUUCAGCAGAGACAGUCUGGAGCCUGAGGACUCUGUGAUGGCGUCCGGACCAGGUCAGAACGCUGCAGUGGGUCUUGGUCUGGGCAUGGACAGCCUGGAGGAGGAAGAGGAGAAGGCCCGCUUCUUUGCCCACCUGGAGGGAGGUGUGUCCUCCACCAUAGACUACUCCAGACUCAACAAAGAUCUGGAUUCCACCAGCGCCUCCACCACCGCUACCACCCUCAGGAAGGCGGCCGUGGCGGGGGUCGGUCAGAGAGAGGAGGAGAGAGCUAUGGAGUCUGACCGACUCUCCCCAGCCUCCCCCCACUACAGUGAGGAUGAGGACUUUGAAGAUGAGGUCAUUGAGGAGGAGCCUAAAAGGCCUGCCAUGCUCACCAAAGUGUCCCUCCAUGAUUCUCUGGACUCGACCGGUGAACUCCUGCCCCCUGGAGCGGACAGUGACACCAACGAGGAACCAGGGAGGAACCAGGGAGCAGAGUCCAUCGAGACGGCACUACCAGCCCAGUCGUAUGGCCAGAGUGGGGCCAGUGAGAUGGAGGCUCUACAGGAGGCCUACAGACAGAUCAGUGGCUCUCUGGAGGACUCAGACCAUCAUCACCACCCUUCAUCAUCAGUCAGGAGGGAGAGGAGGAGGAAGAGUAACCCUGUUCCUGUCUCUCCCUCUGUACCUGAACUCUCCAGAGGAACACUACUAGCACCAGUCUCCACCACAGAGUCAGAGCUGCCCACUGCAGAGGAGCUGAUGCGUCCCAUCCGACCAGACAGCAUGGACGACACAAGAGGCUUCACUCUGCAACCUGCUAGUGGGACCCAGUUCACCUCAGAGAAGACUGGCCAGUCCUUAUGCCAUAGAUCCCGUGAGUCAAGCCCAAGACCCUCAGCAGAGCCAGACACUCCUCCGGCCUCCCCAGGCCCUCGUCCCAGAAGCAUCAGAGAGGAGGUACAGAGGCUGAUGAAGCAGGAUCAGGACAGCUCCUCCCCUGACCUGACUUCCACUAACCCCAGCAACAAGAGAAGCCGGCAGGUUCCUGGACGCUCUACGGUACCUGGUCCCUUCACAUCCUCGUUCAGGAAGCCUUAUGUUGCCCCUGGCAGAGGUAGAGUGGAGAGUAAACCAUCAGCCGUGGCCACCAAGACCUCUGGAGCAAGGAAAUCUGGUCCUACCAGACCUGGGGCUGUAGCCAAGCCCCCCUCUCCUCUAACCCAGAGGAAGCCUCUCAGCCAGACAACAUACCAGAGCCUCAGCCCCCUCCUCUCAGAGACAGAUAAAGACUGUGGUGGUCUGAGGGUGAGCAGUGAGCUGGUGGCAGGGGUUCAGUCCUUCGCUGCCUUCCUCCAGCAACAACAUCGGAUGGAGACGAGAGGUCGCCAGGAUACCAGUCACACGGUCUCCUGGGAAACUAAAGGUCAACAGGAAGCCAGCCAGACUCAGACUGAGUGUCCAUCAGAGAGGAAAAGUGAGCCCAGGGAGGAGGGCAGGUCUGGGGAGGUGGAGGAGAGCCCCAUAGUGUCCAGGCUGAGACUGCAGCUAGCCCAGAGGGGGAGAGAGCUCCACACCAGAGAGGAAGAGCUACUGCUGCAGCAUGACACAGAGGUCAGCUCACUGAGACAGGAGAACUACCUCCUGCAGAGCAAGCUGCACAGUACAGAGGAGGCCAACAGCAGGAAGAAGGGCCGGUUGGGUCGCGGUCUGGACGGGCCCUUGGACCCCCUCACGGAGGACAAACUCAGACUGAUAGAGAAGGAGGUGAAGGAACAGGAGACCAUCAUCCAGGGAUACCAGCAGGAGAAUGAGAAGUUGUACCUGCAGAUGAAGGCUCUUCAGGCUCAGAGUAAACUCAAUGAAGAGUCCAUGUUCACAGAGAACCAGAGGCUGUUAAACGAACUGGCCCUUACCAAGGAGCAGAUGAGCAACUCGCCGAGGACUGUGGGUAAUGUAGGCUGUGUGGCCCAUAUUCAGCGCAUCACACAGCUGCUGGGCCAGAUGCAGGCAGCACAGAGGACUGAAGAGAGACUGGUGGAGGAGACACACAGGCUGAAGCAGGAGAAACAGGCCCUGGAGGUGGACCUUGAAAUGAUGAGGAAAGAGAGAGACCUGGCCAAAGCGCAGGUGGUCUACACCUCAGGGGAUAAGAGCUUUGAGCUGCAGGUGGCAGAGGACAGGCAUAAGGAGGAGGUGUGUGGUCUGAAGAAGAGGCUCCAGUGGUAUGCUGAGAACCAGGAGCUGCUGGACAGAGACUCUGCCAGACUGAGGGCUGCCACCGCAGACACACACAAACUCACAGAGCAGGUGGAAAAGCUGAAGAUGGAGGUGGGGAAGAGAGCCAAUCAGAGUAAGACUAAAGAGAGAGCUGGAGACGCUAAGAGGAUACAGGACCUAGAACGACAGGUGAAGGAGAUGGAGAAGAUUCUCAGACAGAGGAACCCUAACUCCCUCCCAGCGCUCAUCUACGCUGCAGCCAACGCACCUGCGGUGGAUGAGGAUGGAGGGGCCAAGAGCUCCCCGCCCACUCAGACCAGGGCCCUAUUGGAGCGGCGCAUCCAGAGGCUGGAGGCGGAGCUAGAGAGCCGUGACGACGAGGCCAAACGCAGCCUCCGAGCCAUGGAACAGCAGUACCAGCGGAUUAAGCUCCAGUAUGAGCAGCAGAUCAGUGAUCUGGAGCAGCGGUUAACCCAGAAACACCCGGUCCAGACCGGGUCACCUGGGGUCUGGCAGGCCCAGGUCUGCUCCCUGCAGCAGGAACUGGAGCUCCUGAAGGAGAACCAUCAGAGUAGAGGGAGAACCCUACAGGCUGAGGUCCACUCCCUACAGGAGCAGCUCACACAACAGGCACAGUCUACCACCGAGCCAGAGAGAGCCCCCCAACGCAGCCCGUCCCGACAUCAGCGCCAAGCAGAGACGGCCCUGGGGGUCCGGAUAGAGAGACUCAACCAGGAGCUGUCAGCCAAGACCCGCAGCGUCCAGGAGCUGAGCCGCACCGUGGAGAGACUCCAGAGGGAGAGGAAGACCAUGCUGUGUGGCCCUGGCCCCAGAUCAGAGGGCCGUGUUGGGCCUGGGGAGGCCAGGCGGCAGGCGGCCGGAUCUAAAGGACCCAUGGUGGUGGUGGUGGCUACCCCAGGGGAGAGGGGAGGCACGGUGGGAGAGACCGCAACGUUCCCUCCCACUCAGGAUGAGAAGGACUACCAGCCCACAGCGUUCUCUGGGAGCCACAUCUCAGAGGUGCUGCAGGAGAGCGAGGGGUUAAGGCUGCGUCUGGAGGAGCUGGAGCUGCAGAGGGACAAGGAGAGGGUGGUACUGCAAGCUGCAGCCGCACAGGCCCAGGCCGAGCUGCGCAGGGUACAGCAGCAUUCAGCAGAGCAGGUGUCCUCGCUCAGGGCUGACCAUCAGAGGGAGCUGGAGAGCCUGCUUACCGGCCACGCCCUCGCCCACUCCUCCUCUAAAGUGGCCGAACUGACCAAUCAGGUGACCGCGCAGGAGAUCAUGGUUCAGCAUCUGCGUGACCAGGUGAAGGAACUGCAGGGGACCAAGGAUGCUCUGGCUGUGUCCAAGCUGAGGGAGGACACCCUACAGAACCAGCUGACAAGGCUGUUGGAGGAGCUGAAGCAGGCCAAGGAGUGCCACAGCCCAGCGCUCCGACACUUCACUAGCCUGGAGAGAAAGAUCCACAGCAUGGAGCUACGACACACUCAGAGGGAGAAAGAGCUCCAGCAGGUGAUGGGUCAGACUCGGCUGGUGGUGGAGGCUGAGCAGCAGUCUGAGGUGGAGCGUUGGAGGAGGCUGGCUCAGGGGAAGACCCGGGAGCUGGAGGUCUUCCGUCUGGAACUGGACUCUAUCCUGGACGUCUUGAGAGAACUUCAGAGACAGGGAGUGGUCAUCCCUGCUCCGGACCAGGCUUCUGCUGUACCUUUCAGCUGGAGGACCUGAAACAUGGGACAUGCUCUUUCUAAUUACUUACAAAUCUGUCCUCAUCUUGUCUGAUCUGAAAGAAUUGACUAGGCGAAAGCCAGCUUAAUGAUGAGCUUCCACUAUUUAAGUUUUUUUUUGUUCAGUGCAGAUAAAGGGGAGAGGGGGGAUUUGUAAGCAAUUGAGAGCCAACUCACACAUCCUUUAGGAGAACCCAUCAUUGUGCUGAACAAUCAGGUUAUUUCUUUUUGUAGAUUUGUAUUUUUAUACUUGAUGAUUUUAAAUGUAUUAAGUUAUUCAAUGUGUGUUACAAAAUAUUUUUCUAUUUUGUAUAAUUUCUUCCUGUGUGUUUUGAAUUUGUAACAAGUAAAGCACAAAGAUAAAACAUCUCAAA